AUGGCUGGGCUGGCUGAUCUGGUGGGUGGGCACGUGGGUGAAGACAGCUUCAUUACCCCAUCCACCCACCCAAUUAGGAGCCAGAUGGCGCUUCUGGCCAAUCAAAUAAUGGAUGCAAGGAUUCUCAGCAGUAUGAAUGGGAGAGCAGAGCUUUCCCAGUUCUUGAGAGUCACCAAUCAAAGCAUCGCCUCCCAAGUAAAUUCCACCCAGGAUGACAACCGCAAGAACAGGAAGUAUCCCUGCCCGUUGUGUGGAAAGCGUUUCCGCUUCAACAGCAUACUUUCCCUUCACAUGCGCACACACACUGGCGAGAAACCCUUCAAGUGCCCGUACUGUGAUCACAGGGCCGCACAGAAAGGUAACCUGAAGAUACACCUCCGUACUCACAAGCAAGGCAUUCUGGGUAAAGGCCGUGGGCGAAUUAGGGAGGAGAAUAGACUGCUUCAUGAGCUUGAGGAAAGGGCAAUACUAAGGGAUAGACAGACACGAGCUGGUCAUGUCAGCCAACAACAGCAAACAUCUAAUAUAAACCUACUGCAGAACCCCCAACUGCCACAGACUGUCCCGACACAACCCCCAUUCCUAACCAACUCUGGUGCUACGGAGAGCCAGCCACAUACAUCCACAUCUCCUAAGGUGACUACCAUCCCUGAUGAUCCCAUCCAGGCCCAACCCAGUGGUUUCCGCUGCUCAUUCUGUAAGGGAAAGUUCAGGAAGCAGCAGGAGCUUGAGCGCCACAUCAGGAUCCUACAUAAACCCUAUAAAUGCACCUUGUGUGAGUUUGCUGCCUCGCAAGAGGAGGAGCUCAUUGGCCACGUUGAGACAACACAUAUAACUGUGGAUUCAGGCUCAGGGCAGAAGCCAAUGAUGGGGGCCGGUGAGAAGAGGAAGCCCGUUGGUGAAUUCCCCUGUGAGGUGUGUGGCCAGACCUUCAGCCAGGCCUGGUUCCUGAAGGGCCACAUGAGGAAGCACAAGGACUCUUUUGAACACUGCUGUCAAAUCUGUGGCCGUCGAUUCAAGGAACCCUGGUUUCUCAAGAACCACAUGAAGGUCCACCUUAAUAAGCUUGCAGCAAAGCGUAAUCCCCCUGCUGAGCAUGACACCUCUGUUAACAUGAGUAAUCUAACACAAGACCAUCAAAACAACCUCUACUCGCAGUACAUCUCCCGCAUUCACAACAGGUUCCUCACAGCUGAGAGAGCUGACCAUCAAGAUUAUAACCACAACCACAUACUUGCCACAGCAGGUGUUGACAUGAAGGUUAGGGAAAUGUUAGGGAGGAUGAUUUCUUCAGGUCCAGGCCCUUUGACGGAUGCAGAGAACUCCUCUUUGUUGGGUUUAAAUCAUCUCCACCCUCCACUGAGCUCCACUAGCAUGGAAUAUCUGCAGAAAAUCAUCUCUAACAGAGAUACACUCAACAGCAGCAGCAGCAGCAGCAGCAGCUACCCAGGUUGGCAGAUCAUGACUCCAGGACUGCCUGUUGAGCAGCAAAUGUUCAGUCCUAAAGAUCAGCAGCAGUGCUCUUCCUACCUGCCUGUGGAUGAUGGGAAACUGUGUCUUGGUGAUCCAGACACCAAGUCCAUCAGCAGACCCGGUACCCCAGGCAGCAUGAGCCACCACGGGCCAUCAGAGAUCAUGACAGAGAUGGGGAACUCCCACUCUGGCAGUGCUCUCGACCCUCGACCACAAUCUUCUUCACCAGCUACAGGUGAGAAAGUCUACAGGUGUCCACUCUCCACUGACUACACCGCUGCACAGACGGCCUCCCUUGGCUUCCAUCUGGAUCGCUACCACUUCCCCCACUGGCAAAACAGCAGGGAUCUUUCUUCUCCACUGCAGCCCACCAGCAGCAGCUCAAGCCCCAACCCCAACCCCAAGCUCAGACCUAGAUCCAGGGAAGACUGGAGCCCAGUUGCAGGUCACUACCUUGGUCUGGAGAGCCACAAUGAAAAAGCCCUGCUCAUCAACAAGCAGUCCGAGCUCGCUGACAAAGAUGCAGGUGUAGACAGCUCUCUAUCUACUCAAACCAGGAAGUCCCAGUAUGAGCCUUUGGAUUUGUCCGUCAGGCCAGAGUCUGUCAUGUCUCAUUCAGCCAUGUCUCCUGCUGUAUUGGUACAGAUGUCUGGCGUUUUUAGUAAUGGACUCUCCUCCUCCAUUACCCGCCGGCUACAAAGUUACUCUAAUGCCGCAGCUGAACUCAGUGUGAAACCCGCAUAUCAGUGUGACCUUUUGGUGCAGGGAACAAAAGAAGAGAUGAACACACAGAAUGCUUGCUCCACAGGGCACGACGGUGAAGGUGAAUUUGAGAAAUCUGAGCAAGGGAGGGAGGACGAAAAUGACGAUGCUGCCAAGUGGAAGAUGCUGAAAAAUAAUGUCCUCAAGCAAGAGGAGGUGGUACAAGCCAACGUUGAUUUCCAGGGUCCUGGCGAGAAAAAGCACGACAACCCUGGAUCUUGGGGUAGAGCUGUGCCUGAAUCUCCUAUUUCUUCUCUGGAGAACUUGACUCCAGGACAGUCCGAUCAGCUCCAGCACCAGGGCGGCCUGCUUUCCUUUCUCAGAUCCCAGGGGAGCCUGAGCAGCACACCUGCCAGCGCACACAAAGUCAGUCUGAACGGUGGGGGGGACAUGGAGAAAGAUGUUGCAUCAGCUCGGAAGCCUUUCCAAUGCAGGUACUGCCCCUACAGCGCCUCCCAGAAGGGCAACCUGAAGACUCACGUCCUCUGUGUCCACCGCAAGCCCUUUGACAACAGCCUCUACCCCGACCGCCGCCUCCGACGCUCACACACGCCCCAGAGGCCCUCCAGAUUGCCUCAGAGCAUCACGGGAGAUAAUCAUGCUCCAGGAAGAGACCAGAUCGGCAUGACAUCACUCUGUGGGACUUGAUGUUGUCAUGGCAACAGCAGACACAGACAGUUAUGAUUAUUGUUUUAGCUUCACCUCGAAGGGGUUAGGAUGAUUGAGAUUGAAAAAAAAAAAAAAAGUUAACAACCAACCUUGAUGUACAUUCCAGUGUUUACUUGAAGAGCCACAGUACGUAUUUAUCUGUAGCAAAGAAGCUGCCUAUAAUAAUAAAGUCCAUUGUGAUGUGAAAGUGUAGCGAGGAUAUUUAGUGCCGUUCAUUUUGUCAAAAGUGUCCAAACGAUUUACUUGUGUUUACAUGCAUCCAUCAGUUCAACACUUGUCUGAUAGGGAGAAUGUACCGUGCCUGCCUAAAGCACUUGUUCUUUCAUCCAGUAAAUACCCUGUGUUACAUUUUUGUAAAUAUCGCUCGAUUUCCCUUCCAGUCCAGAAGUCUUGUCUAUCUGUCAGGAUAUGGUGCCAGAUGUUCAGGCUUUAAUCGCGGCAGAUGUAAUGAAGUAGAAUGUUGCACAUCGGAGCUUCCAUUUGUUCUGGAUUCCACUCCAGGGAGAAAGCCUCUCUCACAUAUAAUUAUUGCCCAUUAACUCCUAUGCUUCAUGCCCCCGUGCUGGAACAAUGCUCAAUUAAGGGGAACCAAGGAAAUGGAAAAACUGCAGAGAUUCAUUGAUAGUACAUUCAAAUCCUUUCUAUUUUUUUCAUAUUGAGUGGAACCACCCUUGUGUGUAUAUACCAUAUCUGCCCACUAGUGUAAAAUAGGCCCAAUCAACAUGACUAUUGUAUGCUGCUGCUGCUGCUGCUGCUGCUGCCGUGUACGGUAAUUUUAGCAUGAUCUGAGCUGCCUUAGCCUCCCGUGCCAAAAGUCUGCCUGUACACCCAGAGAUCACCUUGGGCAGCUGUGUGCCUGUUCAGCCGGGGCCUUGUAGCCGCAGCGAUGUGACUUUGACUGACAGUCGGCCUGACAACUCCAUUCAUGCGCCACCUGCUAGCUGUCAAUCAGGGCGGCCAUCCUGGGGCUAUUGACGGAGCUGUCAGCUUGUGUGAGAUGUGUCUGUCAAAGCCCACCCACUCUGCCACUCUGUCUCCCUGCCUGGGCAGUCUGACAUUCGUUUACUGUCCCCCUUCCACCCUUUCUUUCCAUCGCUUUCUCUUUCUUCCACUCUUGACUGUCUGUCUCCUGCCUGUUUUCCUUCAGAGACACGGCAGCCCCUUAAUCCCCGAUCCAAUCACAGAUUCUUUUGGUACACAUUUGUCAUCUUCAGACCCUCUGGUUUUUGUAAUAGACUGCUUCACAAACACUCCUGCAGGUGACUUAGGCCUGAUAUACAUGUGGUUUUUAGCGCUGCCUCUUGUAUUUGUGUGUACCCCGUCAGCGCUGAAUGACAUCGUCACCAAUCCUUUCUCUCCUCUUUUUUCCCCUAAAGUUUCUCUCUCUGCAUUCCUCCUCCUCCUCCUCCUCCUCCUUCUCCUUCUCCCUCCUCCUCUGCUCACUCACCCUUCAUCUCUCUACCUGACAGGUGACAAGGUCUAGGCCUCCAGCUGACUGGCUAAUCGGAGGCCUGUCAUACCUGUCAAUAGUUUUGCAGAGCCAUGCCAAGCCAGAUCAGGCCAGACCAGACCAUCUUGUGAGUUGACCAAGGGCACAGAGUUUUGUGGCGAGCAAUGGAAAUGCUCCAAAAACACCCAGCUUUGUGGAAAUUUUGUCAUUUGUACCCCUCUAACAGCCCUCUGGAUAUGGAUCAUCCCUAAGGCCUCAUCCUGUCAAAUCUCCUAAUUAAGCACAGUUUCCCUUAAAGCAGGGCCCUUUAAUUAAUGCCUGGGAAGUUUGUUAAUUACUACUAAUGGUGAUGAAUGUUUUAGUUAACGUCUCACUAUCAUAGUCAAUGUCAUACUCAGGCUUUUUUUCUGCUCAUCUUUCUAGUUUUUGUUACCAAUCUUCCGAGUAUUUGUUUUUUACGUUUGAACUCAAGGACUCAUCACGUCAUCGCUUUAUCUAAAAGGUUUGCGUGUUAUCAAGUCCUGCCAUGCCUUUGCAGCUUGACUGGCUUGAGAGACAUGCGAAAUACACAGAUGUCAAAUUCCUGUAUUUUAUCCACUUAAGCUUUGGCUCACCUUGACCUUUUGCUGAAAAUGACAUCCUGUUUACCUGCAGUAAAUCAAUCCUCAUUCUCUGACACCUAUAAAUAACCUUUCUCUGGAGAAAAUGCAGACAUGCCAUCACACUGACUGUCUGCAUGGGUUUAUUUAAUGACCUCAGAUCAGAAUUAUGUGAUGUUUUAUUGAUGUAAAGUUAAAGUUAACUUUUCAAACUUGCCAAUCGGCUAUAAAUAUC